CUGGGAGGUAGACGGAGAGCCCGGGCUUCCUCAGCGUCUCCCCGCCCGCCUUCCUCCCCGAGGCUUCCCCUGCCCUCCGGCUCCCAGGCACUGCCCUCUCCCAGCACCAGCACCGCCUGAGCAGAGAGGGCCCCUGGCCGGGAGGGGAGAGGAGCGGCCGAGGCUUGGCAGCUUUCCUGGGCGACCUGGGCCUUCCUGUCUCCCCAGGCGGGUGGGGCCCCUGGUUUCCCACACUCUGUCACCCCCACCCAGGUCACUGGGGGCUGUGAUGUGUGGGGUCGUCAUGGCAAUAAAGUGGGGGCAGGGCGCCUAGGCAUGGAGCAGGACUAUGGAAGUCACCAAGCAGGUGGGGGACCCUGAUCCAUCGGACCCCCAGGGCCACCCCUCAGCCAGGAGCCAGCAGCUGCUGUGGGGUGGCCUCAGAGAGUCUCAGGGGCCGUGGAUAAACUCGGGGCCCAUAUGCUUUAGGCAGCGGCUGUCAUGGUCCCCCGAGGCCGUCACUGAUGGGGCCUGUGGCCCAGCCUCCCAGGCCCACGGCCCUGAGCCUGUUCACCAGCUCCCCUGGGGCCCCGCUGAGGGUGGCGCACAGUGUGGCUCGGAGCAGGCCUCCCAGGACGCCCCGAGACUCUCCUCCACCGGCCCGCGUCCCAGCCCCGUCGUGGAAGCCCAACUGCAUCUCGUCCUGGAGAAUGAGACCCUGCCCCUGCCCUGGGGCACGCCCAGGGACAGCUCCGAUGGCCUGGCCCAGCUCGGGGGCCGCAGCUCCUGGCUUCAGGUGCAGGCUGCGAGGGAGGGCAAGGCUCCGGCUAAAGUCCUGGUAGGCUGGGGCAAAGGCCCCUGCGGCACCCACCAGAAAGACCCCUGGGGCUUGGCAAGGAGCCAGCAGGUCCCCUGUUUCCUUGCAGGGGAGAUUGGCUCAGCUGCAGCCCCAGGUCCUCCUCACGCUCCAGCCCAAGAUCAGGGUCGGUGCUGGUGGCCGGCUCAGGCACCUCCAGCUCCAACGCGGGCCAACACUCCAGCUCUGCAGACGACCCUCACGCCGGCAGCAGUGGCACGUAACACCUGCAGCCGCGACCACCUGCCCGGGAGCCUCGCCACCGCCAAGGACUUGUCCCGGGACCUGCUCAGGGAGAGUGGCAACCAGUGGUCAGGCCUCUUGGAGACUUCCAAGGUGGUCACAUUCUGCCAGGACAACGUGAUCUUUGGUUCUCAGCCGCUCCCCACCCCAGGAGCCACUCCGAGAGAGUCCCCAGACCACGCCCCCGAGCUCGAAGCUGCCAGAAGGCCGGUGCUACCGAAGCAGCCUGAGACCCCAGCAGAGAAGCCGCUGUUCUAUACCUUCAACCUAGACAGCCCCGGCACCCCCACACCCCAGAGGAGCCGCCAGGAGGUCAGCUCGCAGCCAGAACGGCAGCCCCUCAGGGUCUGCAGCAGCACCUGCCCCAGGGCGCCGCUCCCCGCCUGCCAAGUGACCUGCCCCGGGCAGCGCCCGGCCCAGCCUCCCGGGGAAGCCACGCAGAGGCCCGCCUCCGGCGCCCCCACCUGCCAGCUCCAGGACCCUGCGGAAGGCCACGUGCUGGUGUUUGACAUGGACACGGGCAGCACCAGGAUGGGACUGCUGUGCCAGGACCCCCUGGGCUCACGGGCGGUACUGGUGGGCCUCGUGCCCAACCCUCCGCCCGUUUAUGCCCCUGAGAAUAUGCCAUCCACCCGGCCAUUGGCCGUGCCCGUCGCCUCCCCUAACCGCGAUCGCUCCAGCUUCGGGCCUGUCUCGUCGGUGCUGUCCAGCCCCGUGCCCUCCAGCCUCUCCUCUGGCAGCUACCGCGAGGUGGCCCUGGCCCACAAGGGAGCGAAGGUCAACCUGGAGUCACAGGACUCCCCUGGUACCGAGACACCCAUCAGGGUGAGCCUGCUCCCCGCGCCCCUUCCACUGCGAGGGCCCCUCCAGUUUGGAGAGAGGACACUGAGCCGCGUCCAGGAUCCUGGCUGGUCCAAACCUGCGGCUGAAAAAAGCGAACCCACUCACGCCAUCUGGAUCCUGGAUGCGUCCGCGACGCAGGAUGCCUCUGCGGGCCAGGCCAGGAGGCUGCCGGUGACCAUCCCGGAGCUGGCCCCCCCAGCCACAGCCCAGGAGGCAGCCAGAGCCCUGCUCCUGGCGGAUACAGGCAGCCACACCCGGAAGGAGGCCAGGACUGCUCACCCUAACUACCCUCGGGCUGAAGGGACUAGGCAGGCCCCCCUCAGCGGUUGGCCCCCACUCGCUGAGCAGCACCCCCUCUCUGGACAGCCCCCUCUCACUGGGACCCCUCUCACCAGGCAACUCUCUCUCACUGGGCAGCCUGCCUUUUGCCAAGAGCCCACCAUCUCCAAAGAGCCCAUCCUCUCAAGAGGCCCCCCCUCCACCAGGGAGGCUGGCCAGGCCCCCACCCCGUGCCAGGAAGGGGAGGCCUUGGGUCUGCCCACCCACGUGGGGAUACUUCGGGUGCCCCUAGCCCAGGAAAAGACCUGCGUCUAUGUGAGCAGAGAAACGGUGGGCCUCAGUGCCCCUCCCACCUCCAACUCCCAUCGGCUCUCCUCCUGGCCGCCCGGCAGCUCGCUCAGGGCCCCGGGGGAGCAGCUCUCCCUGGUCACAUUCACCACACCUGGCACCAGCCACAAGGUCUUGCCCAUGGCCAUGGUGGGCACUGUGCCCCAGGGUCCCGGGCUCAAGCUGACAGCGGAGGACAUUACCGACUCGCCGGUGGUCACGGGCCUGGGCCUGCUCAGCGGGGCCUACUAUGCUCUGCCGGGACCGUCCCCCGGGCUCUCCCUGGGCCAUUUCCAGAGCUCGGCGGCCGUGGUGAUCGACACAGGCUCCGGCUUCACCAAGUGCGGCCUGGCCGGGGAGGACCACGUCCUCAGCGUGGUGCCCUCCCAGGUGCAGCUGCUGCAGCAGCCCGCCCAGGACCCACCCAGGUACGCCAUGCUGGGCGCCGGCGGCGGCUCUUACACAGUGCUGAACCGGGGAGUGGUCUCCGACUGGGACGCGCUGGAGGUGCUGUGGCAGCACCUGUUCUACUGCAAGCUGGGCAGGCGGCCCGAGGAGCUGGCCGUCCUGGUGGCCGACUCGCCCAUCUCCCCGCGCACCAACCGCGAGAAGGUGGCCGAAAUCCUCUUUGAGUGCUUCCACGUGCCGGCCAUGCAGACCGUGCACCAGGCCCUGCUGGCGCUCUAUGCUUAUGGGCGCACCACCGGGCUGGUGCUGGGCAGCGGCCACGGCACCUCCUACGUGGCGCCCAUCCUCACCGGGGAUCUGGCCCCACUGGACACCUACAGGCUGGAUGUGGCCGGGGCUGACCUCACGGAGUACCUGGCCGAGCUGUUGCUGGCCGGCGGCCACGCGCCGCCCAAGGCAGGGCUGGUCGACCACCUGAAAGAGACCUGCUGCUACGUCGCUCUGGAUGUGAAAGCCGAGAUGGCCCGCGCGCAGGCCCAGUCCCGGGUGAGCUUCCUGCUUCCGGACCGGCAGGUCAUCACCCUGGGCUCCGAGCGCUUCCGCUGCCCCGAGGCCCUCUUCCAGCCGCACCUGCUGGGCCUCAACCAGCCGGGCCUCCCGCAGCUGGCCCUCCUGAGCAUCAGCCGGCUGGAGGCCCAGCAGCAGGAGCAGCUGCUGGCCAACGUGGUGCUGGACGGGGGCAGCACGCUGGUGAGCGGCUUCCCUGAGCGCCUGCGACAGGAGCUGGGCCCUCGUGCCACCGUGCUGGGCUCCCCGCACCGCGCCGUGGCCGCCUGGCUGGGAGGCUCCAUCAUGGCAUCCCGGGACUCCUUCCAGAGCCUGUGGCUCAGCCGCCGGGAGUACGAGGAGGAGGGCCCGUGGGCCAUCUACAAGUACCAUCUCUGAGCACAUAAAGUUCUGGUGCUGUGGG